GCUCUCUCAGCGCACAGAUCGCCACAUAUGAACUUAGACGAACAAAUCGAAUUGGACAGUUAUUUGGUAUACUUAACCACCACAUUAUAUUGGAUGUAUUUAAAGUUACAGGGCUCAGAUGUGUCUAAGCAUGGUAUAAUACAUGAUUUGGGUCGCGCAAAGGAAAUCCUGGCUAGAAGCAAGGAAUUAAAUACCUCACUCGAAGCUCCUCGCUUAGAUAUGCCAGCUACCAAGCGAUUUAUUGCUGCUGGAAUGCAUACACGUUUUGUGGACAUGGGGGGCGUUAUGGUCACUGAAGAACAAUACAAAAGGAGUCUUUUGGACGUUGGGAAUGGUAAAAUAAACAAAUAA